AUGAAGUUCUCAGUGCAUGCUGCCAAUUCUGCAGAUUGCCCCGCUCUUGCUACUCUCUCCCUCGCCGCAUUCAAAGAUGAUCCCAUUGUUGGGUUCUAUGCAAAAAAUGUUCCGCCAGACAUCAUGCAUGCAUAUCAAUGCCAACAGUACCGGCGGAGGUUACAGACGAGCUCCCUCAAUGGGCUCAAAGUCUUCAAGGUCGUCGACGAUGAUACGAGAGAAAUAGUCGCUGUCGCGAGGUGGCAAAUUCCUUAUAGUCUGAGCGUAGAGCAACAGGCUGAGAAAGAGAAAUUGCAAGAAGCGAAGCUAGCAAGGCCCGAGGGAUACAACAAGGAGCUUGAGGAAGCGUUCUCUGCAGCUCUCGAUAAGCUUCAAGAGAAGUGGGUUGAUGAUAGCAAGGACUAUGUCCUUCUAGGUCUUGCAGUAUCGCCCAGCCAUCAGCGCCUCGGCCUCGGCUCUCUGCUUAUCCGCGGAGGCCUUGCGAUGGCGGAUGAAGUGGGCGGCAGAGUAUACCUUGAGUCCUCGGCAGUAGGGAUGCCGCUGUAUCUCAAACAUGGGUUCAAGCCGGUUGAUGACAUUUUGAUUGAUAUGAGACCCUAUGGUGGGACUGGAAUUGCGUCUGAGAAGUGUAUGAUGAGGGAACCAGGCGGAAAAUGA